AUGGCAGGAGGUCAUGAGAGGAGGACAAUGCGCAUAUUUGAUAGUGGCGGGGCAAAUCAAGAUAGGAGCGGUUCUAGUCGCCCCAAUGUGGUCAGUGGCAGAGAGAUGAGGCCAAGAGAGAGAAUGAGAGCAGUAGUAGCUGAUAUUGUUGAGGAAAGUGAUGGUGGAUCUUCUAGUGAUGAUGAUGUUGAGGAUGAGCUCUACAGAGUUGAGCAGAGGCAUGGAAAGGCCCCAGCUCAGGAAAGCAGCAGUGAAGAAGAAGCUGAUGGAGAUGAUGAGGAAGAAGAGGAAAAUGAGGGAAGGGAAGAAAAUCUCACCUAUCCCAUUAUAUAG